CACGAAAAGAAAUGAAAUCGUCCCAACACCCGUCAGAUUGCUGGGAGUUCCGAUGGGCACCAAAAAGGAAAGCGGGCCGAGCUCCGCCGAUCUUGCAGUGGCAGCAAUGGCCGCUCCCCCCCCCUCUAGAUCCGCAGCUGCAGCCCAUGACGGACGGGUCGGCGGCGAGCAGGCUGGAGCACCACCACCACGGCGCCGGCGACGGUCCUCCCUUCCGGAUCGAGGACCUUCCCGCGGAGAUUCUACAUGUUAUAGUGUCACUGCUCCCACUAAAAGAGGCUGUGAGGACCAGCAUUAUUUCAACAAGUUGGAAAAUGCUCUGGACAUUCCACCGUAAUCUGUGUUUUUGUGGUCCCAAUGAACUGGAUGAUGACCCCUCAGUGCCCCCUUUGGAGUCUGAUGAGGAGGCCGCCGUUGAUGAAUAUGUCAAAACAUCACAAGCUAAGCUGAAACUAAAACGAGAUAAGUUCAUUGAGGCUGUGAAUUGUGUUAUUCAACGGCAUAGUGGGGUAGGAGUUAGUAAGUUUAGCAUCAGGUGUGGCCUGCACAAGGAGGACUUUGGUCAUCUUGUUAGAUGGAUUAGUUUUGCCGCUUUGUCGAGGGCGAAGAUUGUAGAUUUUGACCUGAAGAAAAUUGAUUCGCCGUCUAAAGAAGUUAAUCAGUUCCCUCUUGAGGCUUUAGUUGUUCAAGGCAGCUCCUCACGUGUGCAGUCCUUGUAUCUCGCUGAUGCUUCUAUAAAGCCACACUCACGCAUAUGUGGCUUCACAGUACUCAGAAGGCUAGUUCUGGAAUUUGUUGAGAUAUUCGGAGACUUUCCAGGAUUUUUAGCAAACUGUUCAGCACUCGAGGACCUAGAGAUGAUCGAGUGCUCCGGUGUAACCAAUUUAAGCAUACCGCAGCAACUUCAUAAACUUCAACAUUUGCUAAUUGACAGAAUGGAUGUCAAGACGGUUGAGUCUCAUGCUCCUGAUCUUGCUCAUUUAGAGUACAAAGGAAAAGAGAUCCCUAUGGUACUUCAUGGUUGCUCAAAGUUAGAGAAGGCUACAAUUAAGUUUGAAGGCAGCAAUGGAUUGGCUCGUGUAUUCACUGCAGUUCCAAUCAUUUUGCGAGUGAAGGUGCUAAAUGUGCAGGCUCAAAUAUCUGCUUAUGAACAGUUGCAGAAGGUGGCACCAGGAACACGUGGCAUGUUUAUGCAUUUGAGACACAUGACUUGUGGACUAACUGUCGUCUCUAGUGUACCAAAUUCCGAUAUUGGAGUUCUUCAGCUGGCCCGCUGUCUGAAUCUCGCACCCCAACUGGAGACGUUGCACCUGGAUAUGAUGUAUUGGCACCGUAAAGUUUCGGUUCCUGAUGAUUUGGUGGAGGAGGAAGAGCCCCACAUGCGUCGCCACGAUCAUCUCAGGACCGUCUACAUCAGCGGGUUCCGGUGCUACACGGCUCAGACCGCGCUGGCAUGUUGUAUCCUGGGAAAUGCUUGUGUUCUUAAGCACAUGACGUUACAGCCCUGGAUCGCGAUCAGGAUAUGCCCUUAUGCUGACCUGAUGAAUAUUGGCGUUGAGAGAAGAUUUCUACUAAGGGUUCGCAAGUGGGCACUACUCACCUCGGAGCGCUUCGGUAAGGUGAUCACCGUCUUAGACGGCUCUUCAGAGUGAGUAAGCCUAUAUCAUUUCCCCAUCUGUCUACUAUCAAAUGAUCUUGUCGUGCGCUUGUUUUCUAUGUGUUAUUCAGGCUAUAGCUGGUGUAUUGUGUUAUCUGUUUGGAUGGAUACUGUUCUACUGUUGAACUGGCUAGUCCCAGUAUGCACUAAAUCAUCUUGAGCCA